AUGAAACUCCGAACCUACAUAGUUGGGUUUGGGAUGCCGGUUGCUGUGUGCCGCUCGGAUGAGGCGGAGGAGGAGGAGCCGAAAGAAGUAAAAGGGUUUAAACAAAAAGCAGCGGAAAGUCAGUUUGGGGUGUAUGCGCAGCCAGAAACAUCAGCAGUAAUUGCAGACGCCUAUUAUUCCCUUCUUGGAGUCUCCCCAGAUGCAUCAACAGCAGAAAUUCGAAAGGCGUAUUAUUCUUUGUGCAAACGCCUGCACCCGGACAAGGGUGCUGCUGGCGUGGAGGAGUUGCACAAAGUUCAAGAAGCAUUUUCGGUGUUGUCUGAUCAAACUCGGAGGCUUUUAUUUGAAAUUAAAACAAAAACAAAAACAAAAGAAGAAAGAGAAGAAAAGCUCAAUCAGUUGGAGAAGCUCCAAAGACUGCGCAGCGUGCGAGAUAUUCAGAACAUGCAAAUCGAAUAUGCAAACAAACUGAAGCGAGAAAAGUCGGCAAAUGGAGUUAUUGAGGAACAGCACCUGGAAGGCCCCUACAUCGACGUGGCUAUUCCUUUGCAAUGCCAAAUCGAUGAUUCGCGUUUUGUCUUCGCUGGCGGCGCGUCGUCCUCCUUUGAACAGCUUCCGGGGUUUUAUAACCCAGCUCCUCUGAUGAGCGGCGGCGACAUUUCUCUUUAUGUCCUUUAUACCUUCCGGGGCCAAGUGCAUGAGGUGACGGUUUCGGAUUGUUCGCGUUUGGCGCUUCCCUUGCGGUGUACGUACACCUGA